AUGUCGCAGCUCGCGAGCAGGGCUUCCAACGGCCUCGGCCGGGUCGCUGUUAGGUCCAAUGUCUCCCUUCUUCGCGGCGGCAGCCGGUCUGCUCGGCCAUACUCCAGCAAUGCCAAGGGCAGCUUCAAGGGGCAGUUGACCGAGAGUGUCACGCAGCGCCUGGAGCGUGAGCAGGCUGAGCGCAUUCGCAUGGCCGCCUACCGAGACUCACGUGCCGGCUGGAACAACUUUUCCCUUACUGGCCUCCUCAUCUUCACGGCCGGUCUCGGCUGGCUCGUGGGCACCCAGUAUCCCAGGGGCGAGAUCUCCCCCGAUUCUACCCUCCCCCUCGCCAAGACCACUCCCCCAAGACACGAUACCGGCAAGGCCAACCUCGAGGCUGCCUGGGCCGACUUUGUCAAGAUUGUCGGCCAAGAGAACGUCAGCACUGCCGACUACGACCUUGAGGAGCACUCUAACUCGGACUGGUCUUCCCACCAGCCCGAUGCCUCGACCAAGCCCUUCUGCAUCGUCUACCCCUCCUCCACCGAGGAGGUGUCCGAGAUCAUGAAGGUGUGCCAUUCCCGCGCCAUCCCUGUCGUUGGCUACAGCGGCGGUACUUCGCUCGAGGGCCACUUCUCCCCGACCCGCGGCGGUAUCUGCGUCGACUUCCGCCGCAUGAACAAGGUUCUGGCUCUGCACAAGGAGGACCUCGACGUGGUUGUCCAGCCUGCCGUCGGCUGGCAGGAUCUAAACGAGGACCUGGCCAAGGAUAACCUCUUCUUCCCUCCCGACCCGGGCCCGGGCGCCCAGAUUGGCGGCAUGAUCGGCACCGGCUGCAGCGGCACCAACGCCUACCGCUACGGCACCAUGCGCGAGUGGGUCUUGUCCCUGACCGUUGUCCUUGCCGACGGCACCGUCAUCAAGACCCGCCAGCGCCCCCGCAAGUCGUCCGCCGGCUACGACUUGACCAAGCUCUUCAUCGGGUCCGAGGGCACCCUCGGUCUCGUCACCGAAGCCACCCUUAAGCUCACCGUCAAGCCCGCCUCCGAGUCCGUCGCCGUUGCCAGCUUCAAAUCCAUCCGCGAGGCCGCCUCUUGCGUCGCCUCCGUCGUCGCCAAUGGUGUCCCCGUCGCCGCUGUCGAGAUCCUGGACGACGACCAGAUGCGCAUCAUCAACCAGGCCGGCGUCACCACCCGCCGUUGGAAGGAGGCCCCCACCAUCUUCUUCAAGUUCAGCGGCACCCCCAGCGGCGUCAAGGAGCAGGUCGCCAUCGUGCAGGGUCUCUCCAAGCAGACGGGCGGCCAGUCGUUCGAGUUUGCCAGGAAUAACGACGAGCAGGCCGAGCUCUGGAGCGCGCGCAAGGAGGCUCUGUGGAGCACCUUCAGCAUCAAGAAGCCCGGUGACCACCUCUGGACUGGCGAUGUCGCCGUUCCCAUGAGCAGGCUCCCUGACAUUAUCGAUCUGACCAAGGACGACCUCAAGAAGAGUGGACUUAAGAGCUCCAUUGUCGGCCACGUCGGCGAUGGCAAUUUCCACAUCCUUCUCCUUUACAGCGACGCCGAGAGGAAGCUGGCAGAGGACUGCGUCCACCGCAUGGUGAAGCGUGCUGUGGAAAUGGAGGGUACUGUUACUGGUGAGCACGGUGUCGGUCUUGUCAAGCGUGAUUAUCUCCCCCACGAGUUGGGUGAGAGCACCGUUGACACUAUGAGAAAGAUUAAGCAGGCACUGGACCCCAAGUGCAUUCUCAACUGCGACAAGGUCGUUCGCAUGCAGAAACCUGCGCCUGGCGAGGUUCAGGAGUGGUAAGACUUUAGGAUAACACUGCUCGACUGUGGCAAGUGUAAAAAAAGCGUGAUAUUGACGAAAAGGUGGCUUGUGAGUUGAACGUCCUCACCUGUAUGGUUUAAACCAGUUUCCUGUUUAUACCCUGAUAUUCGUAUUCCUCCCUUCUCCUAGAACUUUGUAUUAUUCAUUCAGUACCUACUCCUAAAUAGAUACUACACUUCACGUACCUAUAACACGUACCUACUAGGCCUCACUAAACGCAAACGCAAACAUUGGGGAGUUUUUCCAAAUUCCAUGACUGUAAAUAGUCGUAUUUUCACUUCAUCAUCUCUUCAUAUUCCUCACUGGAUCAUUUCCGUACGCCUUAGCUCCCUCGCUCAUAUACCACUCAACCCUAUUUAUCACCUCCAGAGACACAUGCCAAAGUCGCUCGCUCACUUGUUCAAAUACUUGUCAGCAAUGCUCAAGAGACCGCCCAACCCGCUCGAACUCUCCUGCGUCUGCGUGUGCGAUGACGUUUGCUGGGAACCGGCGCCCUGGCUCUUGAGGUACAUCUUGAGCGCCAUCUCGCCCGCCUUCAUCACCACACUCUGCUUGUCUGUGCUAUCCGACACUUUACCGGCCGACGCCUGCUGGUCGAACAGCUUGGAGGCCUGCGACAUGGCCAGGCCAAUGAAUGCGCUCUGCGACUGGGACUGCGAAGACGAGAAGGAGCCGCUGGUGAACAGCUUGAGCGCCUGCAGGGCCGCGGCGCUGCCCAUGCCGCUUGACGUAGCCUCGGGCGUCUCGGAGCUGGGGGAGAAGGCGGAGGAGGAGUAGAAGGUUUUGUGGGCGCGGACGGCUU